AUGGCGCUCAUGAGGCGAAGGUACAGCUCCAUUCGUACCGAUAUGAGUCGAGAUCACAACGGUCUUGAAGAAAUUUUAAAACUAGAGGCUUGCGAAGACACCGAGCCCGGAGAACUCCCCGCAUCCUGUACAACCCUCAGGCAAAACGGUUGGUGCGAAAAUCCCGAGAAGCGCACAUUUAUGGAGGAGAAACUGCAGGAAAGACAUGUCUCUAAAUUGGUAUGCACUAAUAAUGGCAUCUAA